CGCUGCUGCUGCUGCUGCUGCUGCUGCUGCUGCUGCUGCUGCUGUUGUGUUGUUGCUGGCUGGUGAGCUGUGCCCUCCACUCGUUCUUCAUUCGGCUCUGCAAGGUUCCUGGGGAGGCGCAGCUGCCCAUCAAGAGCAGGAGGCGGGUUAGGGACUCCUCCUCUUCUCCACCGAUAGGUCUGGGCGUGGAGUCCUGUGGCAAUCCUGCGAAGUGUAAAGCUGUCAGGCGCAGAGCACCGAGGGAAAGGGGACAGAAUGAAAGAGCUCCUCCUCCCGGGCGUGUGAGCAGCCCUGGCUGCCGUGCGCCCCAGACAGGCUGCGGAGAGCCGCCACACGAUCACAAUUCUCUGCCAGGGGCUAAGGAGACUGAAGAGGGCUGAAGACAGACUAAUGGCUUCGGAUACUGGGUUCCAGUAUCUCACCAUGACAGCUGAAAAUCCAGCACCUGGAGACCUGUCUCCGGCCCCCCUCAUCACUUGCAAGCUCUGCCUGUGUGAACAGUCUGUGGACAAGAUGACUACACUCCAAGAAUGCCAGUGUAUCUUCUGUACAGCUUGCCUGAAACAGUAUAUGCAGCUGGCAAUCCGAGAAGGAUGUGGGUCUCCUAUCACUUGCCCCGACAUGGUGUGCCUAAACCACGGGACCCUGCAGGAAGCUGAGAUUGCCUGUUUGGUACCUGUGGAUCAGUUUCAGCUUUAUCAGCGGUUAAAAUUCGAACGAGAAGUACACCUGGACCCCCACCGAACGUGGUGUCCUGUGGCAGACUGUCAGACCGUAUGCGCUGUUGCAGCGAGCGACCCAGGACAGCCUGUAUUGGUGGAAUGCCCUUCUUGCCACCUGAAGUUCUGUUCAUGUUGCAAGGAUGCGUGGCAUGCAGAUGUCUCCUGUAGAGACAUCCAGCCUAUCAUCCUGCCAACGGAGCACGGGUCCCUGUUUGGGACAGACGCAGAAGCCCCCAUUAAGCAGUGCCCUGUUUGCCGGGUUUAUAUCGAACGCAAUGAAGGCUGUGCUCAGAUGAUGUGUAAGAACUGCAAGCACACAUUUUGCUGGUACUGUCUGCAGAACCUGGAUAACGAUAUUUUCCUCAGGCACUAUGACAAAGGGCCAUGCAGGAAUAAACUUGGCCACUCGAGAGCUUCAGUAAUGUGGAACCGAACACAGGUGGUGGGGAUUCUUGUGGGAUUGGGCAUCAUUGCUUUGGUGACUUCACCCUUGUUGCUCCUGGCCUCUCCAUGUAUAAUCUGUUGUGUCUGCAAGUCCUGUCGGGGCAAGAAGAAAAAGCAUGAGCCAUCCACAACCUAAAGAUCUCUGUUUGUGUUCACGUGCCCCAGAUGUCCAGGUUAUCUGAGACCGCAUAGUGAUCAAAACCCCACUUAGUGAUCUUGACUCCUCCUCCUUGCCAAACUUUGGAAGUGCCUCUUGUGUCCAGACUUUGAAAUUGCCUACAAGCAUUCAGCUCUGGAAAAGGCCAAAUCCCUCGUGCAAGUGUUCCCAUGUCACAAGAACCUGGAUCUACAGUCAAGACUGUGUGUGUUCGGAGCAUGUCAGAGGAGUUUGGGGUUGUGAGGGAAGAACUACUGAUACAUCAUUAUUUUGUCAUCCAAAGGAUCCCAUGGGGCUGCUCAUCUUCGAGCCAAAUUCAAGGAACCUGAGUUAACAUUCAAUAUAAUAAAUGUGUUGUCCUGGUUGGCAACAUAUAUACUAACUGA